UGUAAACAAAGUUUAAAGAUGUUCAGUUUUAUGGAAAAAGAAGUUUGGUUUCGUUUGAGAUUUUUUUUGUAUGAAAAAUAAGUCGUUAAACUCCCGCAAAAAUCUUGAGUUUUCUGUAAACAACACUUGCUUGAAUUUGUAAUCUUUAAAUCCAUGGAAGUAUGAUUCAUUAUCUUGUUGAAAAUGUCUAACAAGGUGAAAAGAAAAGUAACUGUAGAAAAUACAAAGGACAAUGAUGAACAUCCAAGACGUCCUAGUGUGUUUGAAAGGCUUGGACCAAAUGCUGUAAAUAUUGCUGCUCAACCUGCUGAUAGACACAAUCGAACUGAUCCAAAUGAGAAAUGUCGUAACUGGUUACGCACAGGUGCAUGCGCUUAUGGCAAUACUUGCCGCUAUCAGCACGACCCUUUUCCUGGUUCUUCUAGACGUCCUCCAAAACCAGAAAAGGAUCCUAAUGAAAAAGAUUUGCGGCAUAAAGUAAGAACUAAACGUGAUGAACCAAAAGAAUCAAGAACAGGUUCCAUCUCUCCAAAGAGAAAAGGGAGCAAACGCAGCAACAGUCGUAGCAGAAAAGGAGAGCAUGAAAGUAAAAUAAAGUCAACUGUUGUUGUCACUCGUCCACGGUCACCUUCUGCUCCUAACCCUAUACCAGAAGUGCCUGAAGCAAAGAAGAAAUCUGAUGGCAAUUGGGAAGAUGACUCAGAUGAUUGGCCAAUGGAUGCAGCUCAACUUGAUUAUAAGGAAGAAUUAACUUUAGAAAGAAAGCGGCAACAACUGCAAAGAGAAUUAGAAUUAGAACUUCAGCGGGAAAAAUUGCUGAAUGAAAGCGUGACAGUAACUAAAACAAAAAAAGCACUUAAUUUGAAAAAUGUAACACAGGUAUCCUUCAGCGAAAGCAGUAGUACAAGCAGUAGUAGCGAUAGUGGGAGUAUAUCAAGCUCCACUGGGUCCACUAGUAGCAGCAGUGGAGAAGAUAGUGAUGACAGCAGCUCAUCUUCAUCAUCUUCUUCUUCUAGUGGCUCUCGUCAUCCUACUAAAAGGAAAAGCAAAAAGUCAGUGAAGUCUUCCGAGAAAUCUUCAGAUUUUAAACAAAAGGAUGAUUAUGAUAAAAUAAAGAGUAGCCGAGCAGCAAAAGCUCAGAAAAUUAGAACACCAUCGCCAAAUCAUGAAGGUAGGAAGAAGGGACGAGAUAAAAGAAUUGCUUCUCCCAUGUCCCCCAAAAGAAGGGGUGCAGAGGCAAAGAGUGGCAAUGUGAGAGCUAGAGGUCCACGAACUCCCAGUCCCAUUAACCCAUCUAGAAAGCAAAGAAUAUGGGGUCAAAGUUCAUCAGCAGAUAGCCGAUCAGCUGAGUUGCAACGUGGUAGAGGCAAGAGACAUAAGAAGAAGAAGGAUGCAUCUAAAAAUGAUAGAUACAAGACUGAAAGAAUUCCUACGCCUCCACCUUUGAGCAGUCCAAAUAGAACUGCAUUGAUGCCUCCUAUUGCAUCAAAAAAGUCAAAGAGAGAUGAACCCGGUGGGAAAUCACGUCAUCGAGGUCGAGAAUCACCUCCUAUGUUACUUCCCCGGAACACUGCUCCAAAUAUUCAGCCAAUAAAACUUGUAGGGAAUUCAGCACGAUAUUUACCAGAGGACAAAUCGGGUGAUCGGCAUCGCUACAAUGAUCGUCCAAAGGCAUAUUCAAGAAAGGAAGAUGACGCUCUGUCCUUGUCCAAGAGAACGGACAGUCGAGACAGAACUGGGAAACGAUCCAAGCUCUCUCCUCGAAAGGAUACUCAUAAAGUAUCUCUAUCACCGCAUAAGGACCGAUAUGACCAGGAUGUAAUUUCUAAUGUAUCCAGAAAGAUAUAUGGAUCUCCUAUACCUCCCCAUGAAAAGGAAGAUAGGGGGAGUGAUCGACGUCGACUGUCCCUUUCUCCUGGUAGAAAUGAUCGUCGUAAAUUAACGAGUGAAGUCGGCAAAAAACGAGACGUGAGAGAGAUUUCACCGAGACAGGACUCACGCAGGGAGACGCAGUAUCGAGCAACUGAAUCUCAUGGAUAUGAGAAACGAGGCCUUGAGACAAAAGUUAAAAGAGUAGUAUCGCCUGACUUGAAGAAGGGGAGAGAGGAUAGAAUUCGUGAUCACAACCAGAAAGAUCGAAAUGUCGAUUAUGAGGGCGGUUCCUGGCUUGAUCAUAGAAAACCAAGCUCUCUAAGUGGCCGUCGAAGCCCUGAGCAGCGAGGACGUCAGGAAAUUCAUUCUCAGUCUUCUGGAUCACGAAACGAUCCUUCACGUGAACGUGAUUCAGAUCGCAAAAAGAGAAAAGACAAAGACAUUCCUCCUAGAGCUGUAGACAAUUCAGAUAGAGCAAGACUUUCGCCUAGAAGGUCUCAGUCACCUAUGCAUGGACAUCAUGGAGUGAGAGAAAUUGAAUCUCUAACAGGAAACCGUGGACGAAUGUAUGAUGCAGAUAUUCCGCCAAGUGAGCGGGAAUAUGCUUAUGGCUAUGAUCCGCUGCAUGAUCCAUACAUAAAUGACAGACUUCCAUCUGAGUACGAAUCUGACGUCCUGCGUGGCCCACCUAUGUAUUCAUCUGAUGUGUACUCUGAUAGCCGAUACAGAAGAGAUAUAAAAGAUCCUGCAUUAAUAGACAGAUAUGGACCAAGAGAAGUUUUAUCUCCCCAAGAUAUGCUGCCUCAUCGGGAUAUUAUUAGUUUGACUGGUCGUAAUGAUGAUUAUUUAACGGACAUGCCCCUUGAUGAACGGGGUUAUGAGGAAAGGUGGUCUAGAGGUAGAGGAAGAGAAGAUUGGGACUCAUAUUCAACAAUACCUUCUACUCCACUUCCACCACAUGUUGCAGCUGCUUUAGAUGAAGACCGUUAUGGCAUGCCCAGACGACGUCGUGCUUCUCCUGAGUGGCAGAGGGGAAGAAUAGACGAUAGAGACACUGGCUUGGCACCCAUGAGCCACAGACAGGGAGGAAGAGGACAACUACCACCAAGAGAAGCAAGAUCAAGGUCACCUCCUAAAGGAACUGGAUCCAAUCGAGGUUCAUGGAGUGGACGUCAUGAAAGAAAUAUUGACAAUAGAAAUGAAGAUUCUCAAAAAUCUUUAGAUGACAGAAAAGGCAGAAACAACAGAAAAGAUAGAGUUAAGCGAAAAGAUGAGUCAUCCAAUGAUAACAAAUCUGUCUCUUCAUCAAAAGAGUCAAAAGAUAGACCAUCGGGGAAAAGACCUCAUUCUCCAUCUCCUUCUCUGAAAGAUGCAAAAAGGCGUAAAGAAGAUGUACAUACCCCAGAAAGUGUUGUUUCCUCUGAGAAAGGAUCAUCAUCUUCAUAUAAAAGAAGUAAAGAAGAUAGUAGAGACCAUAAAUCUAGUAACAGUCGCCAAAAAAGUGGUAAAUUGGAGGUAUCCUCUCCUAAGAGUGAUGUAUCUCAUCAUUCUGGUUUGCCUGCUGAGAAAGUCGAAUCAGUUGUAAGAAGCACUAAUGAUGGAAAGAAUAAAGAAAAAGAUGACAGGAAAGUUAGGCGUAAUGAAGAUAGUGCACGUGGAGAAGAUGACUUUAGUGAUUGGAGUGAUGGAGAUGAUGAUUUGUUAAACAGAGACGAUUUUAUGGAGACUGAAGGUAACAGUAGUGUAAAAAGCCAACACAAAUCUGUUGAUAAAAAUAAUGAUGAUUCACUCUAUGCAAGCUCAAAAAGGAAGGAUAAAACAUCUAAAGACAGACCUCAGGAAUCAAAGAAAAUUAAAGAAAUGAGUAGUCGUACCAGCAGUAAAGACAGAUCAAAUGAAGAUUUCCAGUUAAAAGAAAAUAAAUCUUCAACUGAAAUGAAAGAUUUAGAUGCUCAAGAAACAUUUUCUCUGAAGGAAGAUACAGCCACAGAUGUUGAAGAAUAUAUCACUGCUGAAAGUGUUGACUAUGAUCCAAUUAGUGAUGAUGAACUGGAUGCUUUAAUUGAAGAACCUGAUGAUUCCCUUAUAAAACAGCUUAAUGAGACUGAAAAAUCAAAAAUUGUUGAUGCCCUUGAUGUGAAUUGGUCGGCAUUGAUGAGUGAAACAAAAACAGAAUUUGUGCCAGGUUUUGCCAGAAGAAGAUUUAAAGCUGCUCAUGUGCUUUCCAGAAUUGGAUUCUCACAGGUUUUUGCUGGCCCUGAAUUGAGUGAAAAGAUUGUUAAUCUGUGCCAAAAGCAAUUAAGCGAAGAAGAUAAUCAAAAUGAAGGUGAAGCAAAUGGCAAUAAAGAUAAGAAGCCAGAGAAGAAAUUUGUGCUGGAGCAUCAACUGGCAGCCUUCCAUGUUGCUAUUUCACAAACCAAAAGGGAAAGAACCAAUGCUUUCAACAAUGUCGGGCCUUAUAGGCGUGCCUUGUGUGCUCGAAGAGAUCUGCAGAUUAGAAAGCAACUUUGUAAACCUAUAAAUAAAUUUACAAAAAAUGCAACUGUUUCCUACACUCCACAGUAUAAUGUAGUGGAUAAGGACUUAUAUAAACGAAGUCUUGAACUGCUUAGAAGGAAAACAUCUGAACAACAUCAGCCACAAACAAUUAAUGUUUGUUGAACAUCAGUUCUGUAUAAAAUGUACUUUGUUUCAUCUCAUAAUAAAAGUAUUUUCAUUCAUCCGAAA